GUGUACAACUUUUCAAUACAAAAAUAUAGUGUUUUAUAACUUUCGAAAAUUUCCCCUUUGCUACACCAUAUCUACGAAAAUAAAUGUUUUCACCCAAAAAAAAAUUAUCAUUAAAAUCAGAAAAACAGUCGGACCGCACCCACUUAUUUUUUGUUCUACCUAAACGGUAUGUAUCUAUUCUGCACUUGUCACCAUCGCAAUGCUAAUUAGGCAACAUUUUUAGUAUGAAUUCAGGUAUGAAUUAGUGUCCGCGUGUUGUAUACAUAGAGCCAAUGAAGUGUGUGUUCACGUGACGCAUUUACUUAAGUGAAAUCAUAACACUUUAAUAAUAUUUAAAUCAGUUAUUUUGUAUUUAAUCUUUUUUAAUUUAAGUAUAAAAUGGGCAAAGAAAAAUAUAUAUUCCUUUAUUCAUAUGACCUGUCAAGUGGGUUUUAAUAAGUAUAUCCCGGCUACCUGAAAAAUUAAACGAGGGUUUCCACAGGGUGGUUUCAUCUUCCCGUUACUGUUUAACUUCUACUCUUCGACGCUCUCUCCUCCAAUAGCAGGGGUUUCCUUGCCUCAUAUGCCGAUGAUUGCUCGAUAUUGGCAUCUGGACAGGACCGAAAGUGAAGGGCUAUCUCGACGAGUUGACCCACUUCUUCACUACACGGAAGCGCAAAAUUUAACGACCCAAAUCCUCUGCUACCCUUUUCACAAGCUGGACAAAGGAAUACAGGCUCGAACUCGACGUGAAGGUCGCAGAGUCAUAUUUUAUUUCACUCCGCAUACGACCGGAAAGCUCCGGAGCCGCAUCAAACCGGGGACUAGCGAGACGCAGUUGACGAAGUUUCAAAGCCCUAGACAUCCUAAGAAAUGUAUGCCGUUCCCUGAGAUACAAUGUGUUCCGAACACUUGACUAAUAAAUGAACAAUAUCCUAUAAACCACUGUAACCGAACAACGAAGACAAAGCAGAAUUUUAUUUUGAAAAUGUCGUCCUGGCUGUAAAAGAGGAAUACAAAGGGAAUGUAAUAUUAAUUAAUACUAAAAGAUAUAACAAUUCGAAAAUAAUACAAUAAUUUCAUAGUAAGGAUACACAAUUGUAAGUCAAAAUAUGCUGAUAUAUAAGCAAUAUCAUACAUAUCUUAAUAUAUUAAAAUAAACGUCUGUUGGUUAGUGAUCCCACGGCUCAAGAACGUCUGGAUCAAUCUUGAUGAAUUUUUCAGAAGUUGUUCGUUGUAGAUCUGGAAAAGUUUAUAAUAUCUUGUACUUUCGGGGGAAUAGUCGGAAAAUUGGAAAGUUUCAAAAAGUUACUUUUUUCUAUACAAUUUUUUUUUUUUAAAUUGGUUUUAUCAAACCUAUGCUUUUAUAAUAUGCUUUUUCUUUCUGAUUUGUUUAUUCGAACAGUUAUCGUUUGCUUGUGAAUAUACUUAACCUUAUUUCCUCAUAUAAAAAUCUUAUGUCUGAUUGGAAAAAUACAGUAAUCAGCGGACAAAAGUUGCCGACCGAUUGACUUAAAAUUUUGUAAGGUUGUUUCCAUUGUUCUAGGAAGGCUUACGAGAGAAAAAAUUUGGGUAGAGGGCCCGAGUUUGACCUAUUCGAAAAAAAACUCUUAUGGGCAAGGGACUGAAGAAAUCUUUCUUUAUGGUUCGAUUUACUUGAAAUUCGGGGAAUAGGUGCAUUUUGCUUAGAUUAACAGCAAUAUUACACUUCUCUCCAGAAACUGAACCAUGGACUGGCCUAUUGAAGAAGUCGGAUUAUUCCUCUCUCCGAGAAGUUGACCGUUGACAAAAAAUAUUAUAUUCCCAAAAGUAUUGUGUAAAUAAAGUUAUGAUAAAAAGAUAUCCCAUGGUUAAUUUUUCAUACAUUCAAUGAGUAUGUGCGACAGCGUUUUAGGGUACAGCUAAUAAAUAUAUAUAAAUAUGACCCAAUUUCGAAUAAUUUUUCUGCAUGUAUUUUCCAAAGAGCACCGUUAGUUGGUAUAAAUCACGUAUCUGAAAUAUUACUUGCAUAGCAUCUACUUGAUAUGCUCGUCCGAUCUCAUUUGUUCAGAAGCAAAAUCAGAACGCAAACAUUAAGUCAGAAGUAUAAAUUAUUUGGGACUUCUUUGGUUUUUAAUGUACAUUUUUUUUAUUAAAGUUUUUACGUACUAGAAGUUUAUUUUCAUGUCAGAGAAAUAUUAAAUGGAGUCAGUAUUGUCUGAUGAGGGGCGACAAUACUUAGAAAGAACAUAAGUACAUUAGUACAUAAAAUUAAAAUUUUAGAAGUUCGAAAAGUAGAAACCUGCUAUUAAAAUAUAAAACCUACAAAACUUAUUUGAAUAAAUAUAUCCUUCUCGCUAGGUGAAAGCAAUCCGUUACUUUGAUGCAUCAGCUUAACGGAACAAAUUUUGAUUCAUUGCCAAAGGAGUAAAGUAUAUCCUUCGACUUUGCUCAUUGUCUUGAUUGCAUAAUUCAUAUCAAGGGGUGAAAUAUGCAAGUUAUAGCACUGUUUAGAGAGACGAUAGCAAUAUUAGACACACUCAGAAAAACGACCGAAAUUAGAGCUCUCAACGAGUUUAGAAAGAAAAACAAAACUGGCAAUAGCAGAAACAAGAAACGCAAGGAAACUAAACGUUACAUUAAUGAAAGAACUAAUUCGGAUAAUAGCAUUGAAACAAACAAAAAUGUUAAAUACAGGAAAAGAAUAUCUAGUGUGUACUCUUCACCAAAUGCAACAAAAGUUAGUUCAACUAUAAACAAAAAUUUUCUGGAAAGUCCAAAAUUAGGUCUCGAGAACGAAAUGAGUCAACACGAUGGAAGUCUGCAAUUGGUAGGAAGCAGAAAUCUGAAAUCUUCAUUAGCGGAAUAUGCUAAGUGUUUUGAUGCAGAUAGUGAGCAUAUGUUAUGUGCCACUUUUACUAAAAAUGACUUCGAAGGUGAAAUUUGUAGUCCCCACGAAACCAGCAAAAAUAGCAUCAAUAGCAAAAUGGAAACAAGCGACCGUGAACGCAAGAUAAAACGCUACGAGGACUGCACUCGUACAACACGCCAUACACAGCAGAAGCAGCAACUCGAGCAACAACAGCAACAGAUUGCUGAAAAAGAUCGCCUAUCACACUUGGCAAGCGUCAUCGAUUUAACGUCUUCAUUAUCAAGGAAGUCACAAAUCGAGCUUGCUCCUAUUCAAACAGAAAUUAAUACCAACAGAAGCAGGAGCAACAUUGCUUCCAAAGCUCACGCCAAGAAUAUGGUAAAAACAUCUUUAGUUAGUGUCAAGAAGGAUGGUCUAACGAAAGUGGAUAAAAGACGUUCAUGGGUUAGUAAAAGUUUCAGCCGCUCAAAAAAACGAAUGUCAAAAAAAACUGAGCUUACUAGCUCUGAUUGCAGUUUUGGCACCACCCUCGAGAAGCGCCAACCCAAUAAUUGCGAAAAUGUUCUCAUAAACGCUUAUGAGAAGGAUAACAGUGCCACGGAAGAAGAACGCAAUCACGAUAAACUACGGCAGGAAGACAUCUUGUCGUCCCAAAUAAACUAUGGAGUUAAAGGAAAUUGUAUCGACAAAUGUAGCAGCUUGAAAUUAUCGGAACGUGGAUAUGCACCAAACAAACGCUUUACAGAAAUGAUGAACGAAGUUAAGCCAUAUGGACAUAAUACAAGAUUUCAGGGUAUAAUAAGUACCGAUGAUGACAGAACUACGAACUUCCCGGAUGCAUCACUUCCGAAGUCAGAAGCACACAAUAAACAGAUUUGUGAAGAUAAUGCUCCGUCCGACUCAGUAAGAAAAAUAGCAGAGCACCUUGCAAAUCAAGAAAGUUAUUUCCGAAAAAAAACGCCUAAAAUUGAGACAUCUUACUCAACAGACCCAUCCAAUUUGAGAAUUGAGCCACAUAUUCAUACCUAUGAUUUGCCGGUGAUAUUAUCAGAAGAACACGACUCAUUAAUAAUUGCAUCAAACGACAAAAAUGAACACUCGUACGUUAAUGAAAAAGUAGAACAACAAAAAAAUAUUGAAGUUGGCAGUAACUGGCGACUUAGUGAUUUACAAGACAAUCGCUGUAGUGCUGAUUAUACCGACAGUCAGCUAAGCAACCGGGUAGCAGGCGACUCAAAAAGUAACUCUAUGGCAUAUUUAGAUGACAGUCGCGAGGAAAAUGUUGACGAUGCGAAAAAAGACUCGGCUGCUCCUAUAUGUUAUAAAUCAAUUAACAAUGUUAAUUCUGAAGGUUCAGCUGUUGAUCAAAAUAUUUUAGAUGCAGUUUCAAGGCAAGAGGCGUCUAAGACCAACUUAAAUACUACUACUACUACUAUUAAUACUACUACUACUACCACUACUACUACUACUACUACUACUACUACUACUACUACUACUACUACUUCUAUCAAUACUUCGAUUACCAAAGGUUGUGUUAACUCAAAUGUUACUAAUAACGAGAUUCCAAAUAAUGCUAGGACGGCAAAUUCAUCAGCUGCUUUGACAAAAAAUACGAAUGAGACAGCGGUACCAAUACGGUUAGAUGCGGAAACAACAGUAAAUAAUGUUUCUCAUGACUGUGGAAUCCAAAAAGAUAUGCCUAACGCCAUCGUGCUUACACAAAGUUCUUUCAAGGGGAACAGCUCACUAGAUUUGUCUUUAACUUUGUCAACCUCGACAAAUACGUUCGAUGAUCCGGAUAGAAUCAACGCGAAGUUAAGCAGAAAUGAAGAUUCGUGGGCACCAACCCCCAAUGAGAGCUAUCAACGCUAUAGUAGAAAUUUGCACGAGAUUACCGUAGUCGGCGCGAACCAUGCUCAUCCGUACCAACAGCCUUGUGCUACAAAACACUGGGGGACGGUGGUGAAAUUGUCCAGUGAGAAUAAGCAGCAUAUGACGGAGAAUGCUCUAGAUGCUGAUCAUCAAAAUUCUGAGGAGCAGAAGUUGAGAAAUUCACAAGCUGAUAAAUAUUUAUCCACUCAGUCUACCGUUGCUUGCCCAACAGCGGGCGCUUUUGAUAUAUAUUUUAAGGAUAUGGCAUUACAGCAUCAACGGAGACAGGAAGUACAUCAGUAUAUGCAGAAGCCAUUGUGCCAACAAAUGCAGCAUCAACAAAUCCGUGAUCCUCAACAACACGAGUUGCAACAGCCAAUAAGUCAUGAGCAAAAUCGACAUAAUCAUCAACAACAACAAAACAAUGUGUUACAAAUUUCCAUGCCCAAUUACCAUCCGCACACACAUACCCACCCGGCCCAUCAUUUAAAUUCCUUGCAUGACGUUUUGCGGUUACACCAAGCUUGCGAAGAACAACACGUUCAACAUAACUUGGUAGAUGAACAGCAGCAAAUAGAUCAAAGGCAGGAUGAACAACAGCAGCAGCAACUAAUCUCAUAUCUUCAUCUUACAUCCGAACAAAACCAGCUACAGCAAUUGCAAGAGAAUGAAUACCACCAGCAACAUCACUAUCAACAGCAACGCCGGCAAACAGAUAUGAUAUUAACAGCACAACAGCAACAAAAUUUGAUUACGCCAGUGGAAUUGAAGCGGCUAAAUCUGCCAACAUCUUCCAGUAUUGAUGAUCUCAUAACUGACGAGUUCUCUGAAGGCCAACACGCAACCUAUAAACUUGGCCUUUCACCAAGUCAUGUUAAACAUGAAAAUCAAGAUGACGGCUACGAAACGAGUGCCGGGGAUGUUCUCACUCCGAACUCACACAGCUCGUCUACGCAUUCAUUGACGCCGCAACAUCAGAUACAGCCCGCUAUUAAUCUUAUACCACCAUCUAAGAGUGAUGACCAGCUAAUGAAAAUGCAGCAAGGUACUGUUAGUGAUGUAGUUAGCCAGCAGCAGCCACCACCACAGGAAAAACCGUUGGCCGAGCGUUACCCCCUGGCCAACAGGGAUAUUCAUAGCAGUGAUAUUCCAAACGCGAAUAUAACACCGGGUCCCUACUCGUAUAUGGAUGAUAACUUAGCGGCCGGGAAUUCAGCUAUUUCCAAUUCUAAAAAUUCUGGUAGCGGUGGAGUUUCUGGUAUUACGCAAGUUACUCUUCUUAAUGUUGAUUGUGGUUCGCAAAGAAAUAGCGAUGCUUCUGCAGUAACAUAUUUGAGUGUAACAACAAACGUGAUGGGUCAUCAAGUAGACGGAAUGUACAAUAUCCGACAACAGCUCCAAAACCAGCAACCACAGCAGCAAAUACAGGUGGCAAAUAAUGAAUUACAAGAAUCAGUAGACUAUAAUCUCAAAAUGAAGUUAACAACUCCAGCUGCAAAUAUUUUGAGUGAAAGCCAGCAAGUGGAACAGCAGCUUUCUUUACAUCAUCACAUGCAACAUCUUCCGCAGCAUAUACCAGCACAGCCAUCCCAGUUUAAUUUUACGGAGCAUAAUCCAGUACUUAACCCACCACAAAAAAAGCGCGGCAGAAAAAAGAAAAUUCCGAUUGGACUUGAUGGUAUGAUUUCACCAUUGUCAAUGCAGUUAAUGGUAGGCAACAAUGAAUCUGGUUUGCAGGUUGGAGAAUUGUCAGCCAACACCGCUAAUAACGGGGGACCGAAUGCCAACGAAAAUGUAAUUACGGGUCCUCUUAAGACGAAAGAGCGAAAGAAGCAUGAUCGUUUCAAUGGCAUGUCCGAGGAGGAAGUCGUUAAGCGAACUCUACCAGACCACCUAUGUGAUAAUCUCGAUAUAGUUAUAAUUGGUAUUAAUCCCGGCUUAUUCGCCGCGUACAAAGGCCAUCAUUAUGCUGGGCCUGGGAACCAUUUUUGGAAGUGCUUGUAUCUUUCAGGUCUUACUCAAGAGCAAAUGAGCGCUGAACAAGAUAUCAAACUUUUGAAGUAUGGAAUCGGCUUCACUAAUAUGGUACAACGUGCAACUAAGGGCUCAGCUGAUUUGACCAGGAAAGAAAUUAAAGAGGGCAGUCGACUUUUACUGGAAAAACUUCAACGGUUUCGACCGAAAAUAGCAGUGUUUAACGGGAAACUAAUUUUUGAAGUUUUUUCUGGGAAGAAAGAUUUUAAUUUUGGUCGGCAACCGGAGUGUGUGGAGGGUACCGACACGUACGUAUGGGUUAUGCCCUCAUCAUCGGCAAGAUGUGCACAGUUACCCCGGGCUGCUGAUAAGGUCCCAUUUUAUGCUGCACUUAAAAAAUUUCGGGACUACUUAAACGGCUCACUAUCACAUAUGGACGAGUCCGAGUGCGUAUUCACAGAGCAAAAAAUUAAGCAAGUUUGCGAUCCAGAGAAUCAUCAGAACCUCGGAGCUUCUGGUACAUCGGCGUUAUGUGGGCAUGCAAAUGGAGAAGGGAUUGCUUCUAAGAGUGAUGGUAUGGGAAUAGAAUAUGACGGAAUGCCAAUUCGUUUCAUAGACAAAGAUAUAAACAUGACAGUGGCAACACAUGUGAUAAAAACCGACAGUGAUACUUUUGGCGGAAUUUGUGCAGAUAGAACCGCCUGUGGCAGCUGUGCGGGUUGCGGUAACGAGAGCAAAUGCAGUGGUAGAAGCAGUGUUUCUUUAGUAAACAGUUUUGGUGAGAUCACAGCAAAGGGUGAAAAUAGGCCUAAGACAAGAUUACCUAGAUUUCAAGACGGUUCUACGGAAGCUACAUACUUAUACAGGACGAAUGAAAAUGUGCGUGACCAUAGUAUGGCUGGCCUAGUACCACUGACCCAAUCUACUACAAGUGCUACGGGCUCAAUAAUGCAACAGCAGAAAGAAAACAAUAUGAUUGCAGGAUUUCAUGGACAUCCGCCACCGGAGAAAAAGAAACGCGGGCGUCCGAAAAAGAUAAAGGAACAUGACUUAAUAGACUCUGAUGCACGCAAUCGCAUGCAAAUCAUGGGUCAAAUGUCAAAUUCUAACGAUUUCAGUAAUAUUUUGAAUUUGUCAAUGAUGAGUGAAACUAUAUCAAAUGCAUGCGGGAACAAAGCUAUAUUGGGCGGGAGUGUCGGAAUUGGCAACGGCAAUGGUGAAGCACCAAAGAAGAAGCGCGGGCGACCCAAAAAAGUAAAGCCGGUAAACGAUAGCCAACAAAUUCAAAAUCCACUAACGCAGAACAUACCCCAAGCAAUGUCAAUUCAGGCGCUGACAGGGAUGGAUACCAGUUUAACACAACGAAUGCAAAACCAUCCAAUUAAGCAGCAAGCUAAUAAUAUUUAUGAAAAUAAAGAUAUGCAGCAACAGCAACAAUCUUCUCAUCAAUUAUUUACCACAAGUUCACCAAUGAGAUCGCCAGCCAUUAAUUGCUCAUAUGUUGGCAUAACACCACCUACGUCAACACAAUCUACACCACCCACACAUCAACAGCAUUGUGAUAAACUUCUUGAUAAUGGCAGCGUCAUCAUGAGUAGUCCCAUAAAUUUAGGCACAACACAUAUGGAAGGCAGCAGCAAUGCAAAAAGCUAUUACACUCCUCGAGGUAUGAAUUCAAAUAGCUCGGAAAAUCAUGAUAGUUCUACUAUACCUACGCCACUGGAAAUGACGAGGAACGAGCUUGGCAACGAAGUGUCAGCAACCACAUCAGCAUCGAUAUCGAUGAAUGUUUCCCAUGAAACCCACUUAGGCGAGUCUCCACCACCCAGCUCGCCAAAUAUAUGUUCUGUUGAUUUUGAGCCGCCCGCUUUAAGCUCAACUAUUAACAGUGAAAAUGACGUGGAUAUGCGCACUCAACGAUCGAACGCAAUACAACAACACUCACGUAUUCAACGGUAUCAAGAGCUGCGGCAAAACACACGGUAUCAGAGUCCGGUGGAUGGGUCGUCAGUCGAGCAUCAAACGGCCGAUCACUAUCAACAUUGGUUGUCACCCCAUCAAGCCAUUUCGUUGCCUACUCAGUACACCCAUCAUCAACACGAACAACAGCACCAACAUCACCAUCAACAACAACAACAACAAAAUGUGCUAAAUUUUGAGGGGCAGCAGCAGCAACCGCAUCAUCUGCCACAGUUGCAACAUACUACACAAAUUCUCCACGAAACAAGUCCUACAUCUACGUAUGCACAAUGGCAGCGUCAGCAACGUUAUGAUAAUGUCGGUGGUAGUAAUUUUAGUAUUCCAUCGCCGCAUUCUCAACGCCAAAGCCAACAACAGAUACAUCAUCAAAGCCAUCAGCAACAGCAGCAAUAUUUAAACGAACAUCAACACAGCCACUUGACCCAUCAUUCCCGUUUAGUUACUGAUGUAAGCAGCAAAAGUCUAUCGGGUCUUGAGUCAUUAGUUGACCAAAUUCCUUCAAUAUCAGAAAAUGAUUCCGUAUCCAUGUCCACUGUAGGGAAUAGUGCAAUCAGUGCAGCUGUGGAGAAUCGAUUACAGAGUUUACAGCAGCAGCAACAACAACAGCAACUUCAACAUCAGCAGCAGCAUAUUCAACAGCAACAUCAACAACGAAACAGUGCAGGAAACUCAGCGGCUGAAAUGCAUACUGAUCACUAUCGUGCUCCAAACACAGUCAAUGCAAUUUCCGCUGUCUCCGACCCAAGAGACUCGACAGCGGGAAACAAUAGCAGUGGCUGCAAUACUCCACAUCUAGCUAAUAGUCUAUACACCGCAAAUUCACCCAGUAAUUAUAGCACCCACCGACUUAAUUCGCCAGCUGCAUCAUCGCCGGUUAGGAUGUCACAUCAGCCUUACAGUGGAACUGUAGGACCCUCGCUUAUGUCAGAAGUUUUAGUGCCGUCAAUAUCGCUGAUUAAUUCAACAAGUCACACAAAUAGUCCAGCGGAUAACAGCGUAACAGAAGACGCGUCUACUACACACACGCCCCCAAUUAGUAGUGCUUCUUUAACGUCAAAUAGUCACUACAACUGUACAACUUCAACGAAUUUGCAUAAUAUCAGCAGUAAUAACUUUUCCGUAAGUAAUCUUGCCGCAUCAUCUGUUUUACCAAGUAACAGCUGCGGCAGUAACAGUAAUUACGUUUCUUUGUCAACACCAUCUGCUGGUACGGCAGGUAAUGUUUAUCAUCAUUCAAAUUUCAUGGCUGCUGCUGCUUUAGCUGCGGCUGCAGCGAAUUCGUCCGCCAAUCAUUUACCAGCAUCACCCAGUACAGAUGCUGCAGUAGUGGCACAUCACGCCGCUCACCAUCAUGUUACUCAUCCCCAAGUGUAUAUGGAUCCGCAUGCUCAUCUGCCACACCACAUCACGGGUGUCAAUUCGAUAUAUGCUCCAGCGUCAACACACCAUCAUCACCAUUUAACACCACAUCACCAUCCCCACUCGUCAUAUAGUGCUGCAGCGCAACACAGUGCUACCAACGACUAUGGCAAUCCUUACUGCGCGUCCACCGUUUCCGGUGCAGCACAGACCAGUUCUCUUCAUUUACCUAGCCCUAAUUACCCAUACAGUUAUGGCAGCUCUGUAGCUGCGGCAGCAGUAGCAGCUGCCCAGAGUAGUUAUCCAACAGCAAUACAUGCACAUCAUUCGCAAUCGUCAGAUUGUAAUGGAACACCAGCACCGCCGCCACCCGGUGCUGUAUCAGCGGCUGCUGCGGCUGCAGCUGCAGCAGCUGCAGCAGCAGCUGUAUACCACAGCCAUCAUCCUGGACACCAUUCACAUCCGCAUGCACACGCAGUAUCCAUGUUCGAUCGGCUGAAACCGUCGGACAUCAGUAGCUAUGGAGGGUUCUGAUGGUGAAAGCGGAAUUCGAAUUACAUAAACAUAAGUUGUGAUUAAGACAUGUCGGUUGACGUUUACUUUUUAAAUAACAAUUUAAUAACAUAUACUACUCUCGGUUGGUAAAAGAUUAAAAUCAGACGUUCUCCACCGUGGAAUGAUCAGAUAGAAGGCCACCAAAGAAAAAAAUGUAUCUAAUGGAUCAAGAUUUUGCUAAAAACUUUUGACGGAAGUCAAUAUACAGACAUUAUGUGACACCUCCAAUCCACAAGUAGAAUUAAUGUAUGUCGAUUCAUGUUCAUAAAUGAUAUGUAAAUAUGAGGUUGUGAUUAAUAUUUCGUGUUAAUUAUAAAAAACGACAACAUGACAUUUUUUUUCUUCAUCGAAUAUUUCUACCGUAUAGUUUUCAUGAACCAAUCUUGUGUAGUACAAAAUGUAAAUGGAUAAGCGGUUUUUGAGUUAGUGGCCAAAAAUGAUUUUUACUAACAUACCUAUUCUCCCAGUUACCGGUAAAGUAAAUUUCGUUACUUAUUUAACACCCGAAAUUUAAUUAUAUUGUUUGAAAAAAUCUUGACCGUAAAUUUCGUUACUUUGUUUAACCCCCAAAAUUGAUUUUCGUAUUCUAGCGUACAGAUUACAAUGUGUACAUUUGUCAGUUUGUAAAGUAAAAAAGAAAAAUAUUAACAUCGAAAUGAAAGCCGGAGCGCAACAAAAGUUUUACAAAUGUGUUUAUUAAGUCAUAAAUAAUCGAACCUAGUUGUGGGCCAGGGCGGAAAAAAAAAACGCUAUUUUCCAUAAUAAAAUGGUCGUUUUUUUCUCGUAAUCUUCUUAGCAUGCGCUUUUUUUGCACUUCUUCAUCUUCAAUGAAUUCUAGACGUAAAACUUGCCUACACAUUUUGGUUUUUAUUUUUUCUAAGACAUACAACGCAAAAUCAAACAGCUGAUUUUUUAUUACCUACAAUUUUGCGGGUAGCAAAAUUGACAGUCUGACAGUGAACUCAGAAUACGAAAUAGGAAAAAAAUUGACUGAAUGCUAAAUUUUAAUACCAAAGUUAAUUUUACUACGUCGACAUAACAUAUUUGAUGAGAUAUGUAUUUAUCCUUAGGCCGUGUUAUGAACGGUUUUUUCUCCGACUGCGAGCCGAGGUGGUGAUUAAACGAAUUAUUUGGUAUUAGCCACUCGUGAAAAAUUUUGCAAGUAACAGGCCUCUCAGGCUCUGAGUUCACCGUCACCCUGUAAAUUUUGUUGCCGGCGAAAAACAAAACCAAAAAGUGUGGGCAUAUUUUAGUCCUCGAAUGCUUUGAAAAUGAAGAAAACAGUGCAAAAUGGCGUAUGCCAAGAAGUUUGCGAGAAAAAUUUGACUGUUUUAAUUUGGAUAAUUUUGUCGUUUAGGCAAUAAUUAAGUUCAAAUUUUAUGAUUUUAUUAGCAAAUAAAUAAAACUUAUUAAUUUUUUCGUGGACCGUCUUCCAUUUCGAUGUGAAUAUUCUCCUUUUUUACUUCAGCAACUAUCAAAUGUAGAUUAACAAGGUAAAAAAAGCAGUGCGGCAAAUUUUUUUUUUUAAACAUUGUAACCAGUUUGUUAGGAUACCAAAUUCAAUUUCGAGUGUUAAAAAAAUAACAAAAUUUACUUUACUAGUAACAGUGAGAAAAGGCCACGUAAAAAGUAAAGGAGUUAUAGUAUAAUUCAUUAAAAUGGCUAUGACGGAGUAAGGGUUUGACAAUUUACAAGAAGUGUUUACAGAACUGCCCAGUAGUAGAAAACGAUGUAAAAGCUUUUUUGGAUUAUUGAAAAUAUAUGUAGAAUCAUAAUAAAAAUGAACAAAUGAAAGCAUUUUCAGCUGUGCAACUUACGACUGAAUUGCGUAGCC